UGGCAACCUUCUAACCACUUUAUAAAUCCGGAGGGUCGAGGCGCUGCAAUGCGGGUAUAUUUAAGAGCACGGUUCAGAUAGAGAAUCCUCGAUCAGCCACAUUCUAACCGCCCCGUCUCUCCAUCUACACCACUGUUGGUAACAAUAUCAUAGUACUCGAUCUACUUGCAUUUACGCCAUGAAGCCCUUCUCGUAUCUCAAGAAGACUAGUAGCAAGGACUCAUCUAUUGCUUCCAACGAUGGACAAUCUUCACGAUCGAGACUGUCUAUGUCGAGCCAAUCGUCAGCGGGGACAUCAUACUAUGUUCAAUUCCCUUACGGCACUUCAUUAUCCCCCUCGAGGAGCUCCAGCUCACAAAAGACGUCGUCAACAAAAACAGAUAUUGCUGAAAUGAUGGAUGAUGACAACAUUGCAUGGGGAAAACCUAGGAAACCAUGGCGUCGUUAGAAUCAGUGUUCUCCACUUUGGUUUUCUUUCUAGAUUCGGACACCAUUCCUCAGGUACAUUAGGUUCACGCACUGUAUUCUAGCAUCAUUCAACAUACCCGUUCUAUCCGGCACCUGUCACAAUAGACAGACACAGCUACU